UGGGGUGUCCAUUUUAUUUUCUUUCAUAUUGGCGUCGUUUCUACUUUUGGGUGUACUUUUCACAUGAUCGAGAACGUCGGCUUUUAAUGUUCUUUGUUGUGAUUUUUGGAUGAAGUUAUCAUUCUUCACAUGUCACGCGGUCUUGAAACUCGUCUCUUUUUCCUUUUCUCCGUUCCUUGUAGUGCGGGUACUAUUUUUUACGUAGGCAUGAGUCACGACUUGCGGUUCCAUAGAUUUUCGAAUUCAUAUGGAAGUGUAAUUGGUUAUUCGGUUGUUCUGUGAAAACUAAUAAAAGUUAUUUUGUGUUCUUGUUGAUCUGUUGCCGCUAGAGAUUUCAAGGUGUUACAGCAAAGGGUAACUGCAGACUUAUUUGUUGUAUCGAGAACUCUUCCUUUCCCAUUGUUUUGUUAAUGCGUGCUCCUCGUUCUGGACUUUCUCUUUGUUGGGGGUUUUAAUUUUGGGCUAUAGUCUUUAUCAACAAUUCAUAGCUCCUCAUAUUGGAGCUUAUAGCAACGGUUAUUGCCAUUCAGAAAUAAUGGUGAAGCAUUGGUUCGUUUCUGGUAAGGCAGGACGAGGGACACAAGUUUUCUACAUACAUAUAGUCUGAAAGAAUUUCUUUGUUGUAACAACUAGAGUCACACAAAGAGAGAAUCAGGCGCCAAGGAGUUUGGCAACAAUAUAGGGAAAGAUGGAGGGUCCAGUUCACAAACCAAGUAAAACCGAGUUCAAUGAAUACUCAACUUUGAUGCUGAAGAACCCGUAUGUUCUCAGGCUUGCUUUUUCUGCCGGGCUUGGAGGCCUCCUCUUCGGCUAUGACACAGGUGUGAUCUCUGGUGCUCUUUUGUAUAUUCGAGAUGAUUUCCGAUCUGUGGACCGUCAUACUGUUCUACAGGAAACCAUCGUUAGCAUGGCUGUAGCUGGUGCUAUAAUUGGUGCUGCCCUAGGCGGCUACAUGAAUGAUCGAAUUGGCCGGAAGAAAUCAAUAAUGAUUGCUGAUGUUUUGUUCUUUGUUGGUGCAAUCGUCAUGGCUGUUGCCCCGUCACCGGGUGUGAUCAUUCUUGGAAGGAUUUUUGUGGGUCUGGGAGUUGGAAUGGCUUCUAUGACUUCACCUUUAUAUAUAUCAGAAGCUUCUCCUGCUAAGGUCAGAGGUGCAUUGGUAGCCACAAACGGCUUGCUUAUUACUGGAGGCCAAUUUUUGUCAUAUCUCAUUAAUUUGGCCUUUACUAGGGCUCCUGGCACAUGGCGUUGGAUGCUUGGAGUUGCAGGGCUGCCUGCCUUGGUGCAGUUUGUGCUGAUGUUCUCUCUUCCAGAAUCCCCAAGGUGGCUCUUCAGAAAGAACAGAGAUGAGGAAGCAGCUUCAACCUUGAGAAAAAUUUAUCCACCAUCUGAAGCUGAGAAUGAGAUUGCAGCUCUGCAAAAAUCUGUUCAAGCCGAACGUGAAGAUGAAGGUGCUGUGGGAAAGAUCAGUAUUUUUAAACUCCUGAAAACAAAAAUUGUCCGCCGGGGUCUAACAGCUGGAAUCGGGGUUCAGGUGGCUCAGCAAUUUGUGGGAAUUAAUUCUGUCAUGUACUAUAGCCCAACCAUAGUCCAGUUGGCUGGGUUUGCUUCGAACAAGACAGCUUUGGCACUCUCUCUCAUCACCUCUGGCUUGAAUGCCGUUGGGACUAUAAUUAGCAUGUUCUUCGUCGAUAGAACUGGGAGGAAAAAGCUUAUGAUCAUAAGUUUAGUGGGCAUGAUAUUAACUCUAAUAUCCCUAACCAUUAUUUUCCAUGAAAGUUCAACACAUUCACCAGCCAUUGGAGUCUCACAGACUGCUCACUUUGGAAACUUUACAUGUCCCAACUACAAAGCAAUGCCUGCAGCAAAAUGGAACUGCAUUUCCUGUUUGAAGGCUUCAGCUGACUGCGGGUUUUGUGCUGACAGUUCAAAUAAGCUUAACCCUGGUGCCUGCUUAAUAGUAAAUGAUGGAGCAAAGAACGCAUGCAACGUAGAACAUCGGCAGUGGUACACAAGGGGAUGCCCCAGCAGCUUCGGAUGGUUUGCCUUGACUUGCCUUGGCCUCUACAUCAUCUUCUAUGCGCCGGGCAUGGGCACUAUCCCCUGGAUCAUCAACUCAGAGAUCUACCCAUUGAGGUACAGGGGAGUCUGUGGAGGGAUUGCUGCUACUGCCAACUGGAUCUCCAACCUCAUUGUUUCACAGACCUUCCUGUCACUAACAGAAGCGCUUGGGUCUGCGUAUACCUUUCUACUGUUCGGUGUUUUUGCGUUCAUUUCUCUCGGCUUCAUCUCCCUGUUUGUUCCUGAAACCAAAGGGCUACCAUUUGAAGAGGUGGAGAAGAUGUUAGAGCACGGAAGAGUGGGACGUUGGAACAGGGAAGAUGACAUCGUCCUGCCCAAGUGAAUAGCAAAGCGUAGAGGCUUCGGUCUCACAACUUUCUUGAAGGUUCUCAAGUUUGCUAAAGUUCUUUUGGGCUGGAGAACUUGAGAAAAUCGCUGGUGGCUGAUAAAGAAGCUGCCGGCCUGCCGCGAAGGCGGCAUUUUUUUUCUUUACAUGAUUUUCUCUGUUGUUGGACAGUUACGUUUCGAUUAUUAGUCAAACUUACUGUCUCUCUCUCUCUCUGUCUCUCUCUCUCUCUGACCUUUGUACGCGUUUACAUUUCCUUAAUUUAUCAAUUGUAUAUUUUUUAA